AUGGCUGAAAGCGGGGAGAAAGCUACCCGCGAAGUGAAGAAUCACAUACUCUUCGAGAUCGCGACCGAAGUAGCUCAUCGCGUUGGCGGUAUAUACUCUGUCAUUAAAUCUAAGGCGCCCGUUACCACCGCCGAGUAUGGCGACCGAUAUACACUUAUCGGCCCUCUCAACCAUCAAUCAGCCGCUGUCGAGGUUGAAGAGCUAGAGCCAAACACGCCAGAACUCGCUGCCAGUAUCGAGGCCAUGAAAAACCGGGGUAUUGGUAUACUCUAUGGACGAUGGCUCAUCGAAGGAGCUCCUAGAGUACUAUUAAUCGACACCAAGACAGCAUAUAGAUAUUUGGAUGAGUGGAAAGCAGACUUGUGGAAUGUUGCCAGUAUUCCGGCCCCACCAGGCGACGAUGAGACUAAUGAGGCAAUUGUCUUUGGAUAUUUAGUUGCCUGGUUUCUAGGAGAGUUUGUUUGUCAUGAGAAGACUAAAGCCGUUAUUGCUCACUUUCACGAAUGGCUUGCUGGUGUCGCAUUGCCGCUAACUAAGAAGCGGCGCAUAGAUGUCACCACCGUCUUCACUACACACGCAACUCUUCUAGGCCGCUAUCUUUGUGCUGGUUCUGUCGACUUUUAUAAUAAUCUACAGUGGUUUGAUGUCGAUGCGGAAGCUGGGAAGCGUGGUAUCUAUCACCGUUACUGCAUAGAACGCGCUGCUGCACACUCUUGCGACGUCUUUACCACUGUCUCACAUAUCACGGCUUUCGAAAGUGAACAUUUGCUCAAACGUAAGCCGGAUGGUGUGCUGCCCAACGGACUUAACGUCACCAAAUUCUCGGCCAUACAUGAGUUCCAGAAUUUGCACCAACAGUCUAAGGAGAAGAUCCACGACUUUGUCCGGGGUCACUUCUAUGGCCAUUAUGACUUCGUGCCGGAAGAUACCCUCUAUUUCUUCACUGCUGGACGUUAUGAGUUCCGAAAUAAGGGUGUCGACAUGUUCAUCGAGUCGCUUGCGCGUCUUAACCACCGACUAAAGUCCUCCGGAAGCAAAACAACUGUCGUAGCAUUUAUAAUCAUGCCUGCGCAAACUACCUCGCUGACAGUAGAAGCACUGAAGGGUCAGGCAGUCAUCAAGUCCCUUCGCGACACUGUCGACGUGAUCGAGCGCGGGAUUGGUCGUCGUGUCUUCGAACGGUCUUUAAGGUGGCAUGACGGAGAUCCGAUGCCUGAUGAGAAAGAGCUUAUCACAAGCGCCGAUAGAGUUGUUCUCCGGCGCCGUCUCUUUGCUAUGAAACGGCACGGCCUACCACCCAUCGUCACACACAAUAUGGUCAAUGAUUCGGAAGACCCUAUUCUAAACCAGAUUCGACGGGUCCAUCUUUUUAACCAUCCAACAGAUCGCGUUAAGAUCAUUUUCCAUCCCGAGUUCCUCAAUUCGUCUAAUCCAAUCCUACCUCUAGAUUACGAUGACUUCGUUCGCGGCACAAAUAUGGGUGUUUUCGCUUCUUACUACGAACCGUGGGGCUAUACUCCUGCCGAGUGUACUGUUAUGGGUGUUCCCAGUAUCACCACUAACCUAUCUGGCUUUGGCUGCUAUAUGGAGGAGUUGAUCGAGAACUCGGCCGACUAUGGUAUCUACAUUGUGGACCGACGCAACAAAGGUGUUGACGACUCGGUUAAUCAGCUUGCCUCACACAUGUUCGAUUUCUGCCAAAAAAGUCGGCGGCAACGGAUCAACCAACGCAAUCGAACUGAGAGACUUAGCGACCUCCUAGAUUGGAAGAGGAUGGGAAUGGAGUAUGUCAAAGCCCGGCAGUUAGCCCUGCGACGAGCGUACCCAGGAUCAUUUUCCGGCGACGAUGAGGAUGACUUCAUCCCCGGAGUUGAACAGAAGAUAUCACGACCCUUCUCGGUCCCCGGCUCUCCUCGGGACCGUACGGGCAUGAUGACACCUGGUGAUUUCGCGAGCCUGCAAGAAGGAAGGGAAGGCUUAAGUACGGAAGACUAUGUGGCAUGGAAAUUACCGGAGGAGGAAGACCCAGAUGAGUACCCGUUCCCAUUGACGCUCCGAACGAAGAAGUCGAACGUCUCUGGAUCAGCAUCGCCUCUCCAGCUCAACGGGAACCACUAG